CUGGUUGCUGGAAGGAAGACAUGGUCAGUAGCGGAUAACAUGAGGUUGCCUCGAGAUACGAGACCUCAGCAUCGCCCACACACUGCACGCAGCUCUUGCACCACUCAAGCACUACCCGCAGUACGGACCACAUUUUGUUUCGACAUAGCUUCAUGAAUGAAGGUGCGUCUGGGUUUCUCGGCCGCGGAUAAGCGAGCAGCGGCGCAGUAUCCCAGCACUGCACGAUGGAGUUAACACUCCACCGUCCUCCUAUAUAAUGCGCACUUUCGCGCGACUUCUGCAUCUUACAACGAACCUCCUUCAUCUCGCAAACCCUUGAAGUGAGAGAGCCUCGGCGACCGCAGCCCCCCACCAUCCGCCAUGCAAUUUGUUACCUUCCUCACCCUCGCCCUCGCCGGCGUCGCGCACGCAGCACCAGCGGCCAUCGACUCUACCGAGCCUUUCAGCAGCACGACUGCCUCAAGCGCCAUUGCCAGUAGCUCAGGCUACUCCGGAUCCAUUCCCGCUUUCAGCUAUCCCGCUGCUCCCUCUGGGUCGGGAGGUCCCUCGAGGUCCACCUUGGGCUAUUCUUCAUCCCGAACGUUCGGGCCCUACAGCUCGGCGUCCAGCUCUGGGUCUGCGUCGAGCGGCCCUGGCGGAGGAGCAUCGCUAAGCUCAUCGCUGAGUGGUCCCCUCGUCUCGGCAUCCAGCGUACCCUUCGGUUCGCCUUCCGAUGCGCCCUCCGGCAACUUUGCGUCGGGAUUCCCCUUCAGCUCCGCGCCGAGCUUACCCACCCCCUCGGGAUCAAGUGGUCCAUUCGCAUCCGCUUCCGGAGGAUAUGGUGGUCCUGCGUCGAGUAGCUCUGGCGUCCGGGCGGAGCCGGCGUCCAGCAAAUCUUUCGACUAUACGGCGAGCGGUAUUGCCACCUCCGCAGUCGGUCCCAGCACCGCAACUGCGUCGAGCGGGCCGUUCUCAUCCAGCCGCGAGCACUCGUCCCGCCUUCAUAGCACGUCUGCAGUCUAAUACAGCCGUAACUAUCUUUGAUCCUGGUGACUAGGACGAUGGACAAGGACGGAGCAGGGACUCAAAUGUUUAUAUAACGGACUCGGACAACUCGAACAUUUAAUCAAUCUCUGUAUUGUAUUGCGUACGAUCCGUGUUCCUUCAGUCGCACCUACGUGCAUUAUUUAUGACAGUAUGAUGCCUCAGACAUCGCAUAGACACGCCUUCAGCCUUGAUGGAUGCAUGAG